GCCCACUUCUACUAAGUCUCUUAAACCCCCAAAACCCUAAAAAAUAAAAUAAAAAAGCGCCUAAAUCCCUGGCCGGGUCUUCUCUCUCGAUUUUCUACCUCAGCACUCAGUUCCAUUGCAGUCUCUCUGAAGCUAACAGUUGGACUCCGGCAGCCGACUUGCUCAGCUGUAAGAAAAAAUGGCGGAUGUGGUCCAGUACCGGAUGGAGCGUAUGCUCCCGGAGUUGGACGACCUGGAGAAGGAGGAACUGUUCACGAGACGUGAGCUUGCUGAGAUUGUCAAGCAGCGUCGCAAUUUUGAAUUCCGGCUCAAGCGGCCGAGCCCACUCAAGGAGGACUACCUUGCCUACAUUGACUACGAGACUAAGGUCGACAAGCUAAGGCGCUUGAGGAAAAAGGCAAAGUUGCCGGAGCGGGAAGAUAACGAGGAGACGAAGAAGAAGAAGAGGAAGAGGAAGUCGGUUUCAGACUUUGCUGGCGUCAGGAGGAUUCUUGAUAUUUAUAGGCUUGCUGUCACUAGGUUCACUGGUGAUCUUGAACUCUGGUUUCGCUACCUUGACUUUUGUAAAGAGCGACGAAAUGGUAGGAUCAAGGAGGUCUUGAAUAAGGUAAUUGGGUUUCAUUCCAAGCAGCCAUCUGUUUGGAUUUAUAAAGCAGCUUGGGAAUUCGACAACUACUCAAAUGUCGAAGCUGCCCGUAAUACAAUGCUACAGGGGUUGAGAUUUUGCAAAAAUUCAGAAGAUCUUUGGUUGGAGUAUCUCCGGAUGGAACUCACAUUCCUUAAUAAACUAAAGGCUCGAAAGGUUGCUCUUGGAGAGGAUGAGGGCAGUCUGGUUCUUGAUAAGAUUAGUGCUGAUGAGCAACAGUGGAAAAGUGAAAACAAAGAUUUAUACAUGCCCCUCAAUGAAGAAAGAGAAAAUGAUGAAAAUAAUGAAGGGUCAGAUAUCGAAGAAAGCAAAUCAAGGAAGAAAGUUGAUAAGUUACAAGAGGUAGGUUUUGGUGUGAUAAAAACCAUAUACAGUGAAGCAGUUAAAGCUCUUCCCUCUAGCUUUACCCUGAGAAAGCGGUUUUUAGAGAUAUUGAAAUCUAUCAACUUGGCUAAAUCUGGGGAAAUGGGUGAGGAAGUACUAAGUGACAUGAAGAGAGACUUCUCAACAGAGCCAGAGUAUUGGGAUUGGCUUGCUAAAUUUGAAUACAAUCCUGCAAGUACACAGGAGGAGACGGGUGAAGAAAUAACAUUUUCUUGUAUGGGAAAAGCCAUUCAGGUCUAUGAGGAUGCCAUACAAGUUUUGCCUUCGGCCAAAAUGUUCAAGCACUAUGCAAAGUUUCUCAUGGGUGCUGUAGCUCUUCUAGUAGGAGACAACGAGACUUCUCUAGACAAUCAAUCUGCUAGUUAUGUUUCACGUCUUUUGGGCCUUUACCAAAAGGCUGAUACAAUCGGGUACACUGAUGAGGAACUUGCCUGUGAACAUAUUUCAUUAUAUUUGCAACUUGGCAGAGUGGAUGAAGCUCGGAGACUGGCACACAAUCUUUGUUGUGGAAAAUUUCCAAAUUCAGCAAAGGUGUGGGUAUUAUGGGCCUCUAUAGAAAUGAAGCACUCGACAAGGGAUCUUAUUUCUUCGAGCAAAGAUAAGCUGCUAUCGAUCUUUGAACUUGUAAAAGAUGGCUUGACAAGACUGUCAAUUUCAGAAGCCGAGAGCUUGUGGGUAAUGGCCCUUAAAUUCUUUGCCAGUCAAAAACAUUAUUUUGACAUGUUGGUUGAGGUUGCUGUUACAUCGUUAAUUAAAUAUCGUGGCAGUGACGAAGGAUUUUCCCUCUCUUCUAUUAUUGUGAAUUUUGUUCUUCAAAAAGAUGGAAUUGCGCAUGCUAGAGUGAUGUAUAAGCGCUUUACGGCUUUACCACACCCUGGGCUAGUUCUAUAUAGGACCUGCAUAGAAUUGGAAACAAACCUUGCAUCAAAUGGUGAUAAAACUGGUCUUGAAAAUGCCCGGAAGUUGUAUUUUUCUGCACUUCAGACUUAUGACCAAGAUUCGAGCUUGUGGCGAGAUUACUGGCUUAUGGAGACCAAGAUGGGAACAUCAAAGACAGCUUCCGAUGUAUCUUGGCGUGCACGUAAGACUCUAAAGGACAGUAGUGCACUUUCUUUGGCAGAUUUGUGAUAUUAGUAAUGCAGACUGCUCUUCAAUUGUAACUUCAGUCUCUUGCCUUUUGAAUCAUUGCUCCGGGUUCUCCAACUCCAUCGAUUUCAAUCUUCCAUGUUCUUGGCCAGUUGAAGGCGAUGGAGUGGUGACGUUCGGAAGAGAAGAUAGCUAGCAUCCCCAUAUAACUAUCCAUUCAUUAAACACUUGCAUUCUCAACAAAACUUGACUAGGAAUUAAUACCAGAAAUUUCCCUAACUAUUUCAUCUAGUGCAUCUUCAUCUUUGAGUAUUGCUGUAUGAGACCCCCCCCCGGAACUCUGAUCGUUUUUGGAGUUUGAUUUUUGUAUCGGACCACAGAGAUUCAUGUACCAACAAGCCACCAUGUUCAGAGUCC